AUGUCGCGCAGCUGGAUGUUCCGUAAUGCUACGGUACUCUCCGUAGACGAGACCAUCGGCACCGUGCCCAACUGCGACGUGUACGUCGAGGACGGUGUCAUCAAGGAGGUUGGCCCCAAACUGGAACUGCCACCGUCAGGCAAGGCCGACGUGGAGGUCAUUGACGCGACCAACGCGAUCCUGUCGCCGGGCUUCGUCGACACGCACCACCACAUGUGGCAGACGCAGCUGCGGACCAUCACGGGCGACUUCACGCUGACCGACUACGUGGUCAAUAUUCGCAACCGCUACGGGUCGACCUACACGCCCGACGACGUGUUCCUGGGCAACCUGUGUGGCGCGCUCGAGUCGCUGGACAGCGGCAUCACCUGCGUGCUCGACCACUCGCACAUUAUGAACUCGCCCGCGCACUCGGACGCGGCAGUCGAGGGCCUCAAGGCGUCACGCAUCCGCGGAUGUUUCUGUUAUGGCCUGUACGUCAACCCGGCGCCAUCGGAUCCAGCGACCAGCAAGGGCACGCAGCGUGCCGAGCAGACGGCCGAGGAAGAAAAGGCCGAGGGCAAGUGGCGCUACAAUGACGCUGCCCGCCUGCGCAAAACGGCCUUUUCGCCCAGCAACGCGCACACGGACCUGCUGCGUUUCGGCUUUGCUCCGACCGAGGUCGAGCGCGCGCCGCUGGAGCAGUCCGUCGACGAGCUGCUGUACGGGCGGUCGCUGGGCGCGGCGCUCAUCACGGCGCACGUGGCGAUGGGCACGUACGACACGGGCAGCCACAUUGUGCGUGGGCUGGCGGAGCGCAACCUGCUGGGCCCGGACCUGGUCUUUAGCCACGGCACCUGCCUGGCACCCGACGAGAUCCAGGCCAUCAGCCAGGCCGGCUCCAGUAUCUCGUCGACGCCCGACACGGAGCUGCAGAUGGGCAUGGGCCGGCCCAUUGCCAUCGCCGCCGAGGCCCAGGGCUGCACCACCAGCCUCGGCGUCGACAUUGUGUCCAACAGCCCCGGCGACAUGUUUGUGCAGAUGCGUCUGCUGCUGCAGAGCCAGCGCUACGCCAACGACGGCGACCUGCCACCGGCACCCACCAAGAUGACGGUGACCUGCGCCGAGGUGCUGCGAAUCGCCACGCUGGGCGGCGCCAAGGCCAUGGGCGUGGGCGAGGUCACGGGCUCCAUCACCCCGGGCAAGAAAGCCGACCUGCUGCUGACCCGCUGCGACUCGCUGCGCAUGACCCCCGUGCACCAGCCCGAGGUCGCCCUCGUGCUGUACGCCAACUCGUCCGACAUUGACUCAGUCUUUGUCGACGGCGUGCGCGUCAAGAAGGACGGCAAAAUCUUGCCCGCCUCAGGCCGGGCCGAGCUGGACUGGCCGGUGCUGCGCGAGCGGCUGCGCGCCUCGGCGGCCGGCAUCAUGGAGCGGUCGAACCUUAUCCCGCUGCACGAGAAUGACAGUAAUGUACACGCAUACUAUAAACUCGGGGCAGUGAGCAAGUAG